AUCCUUGAAAGAAACAAGCUCUAAUGAGGCAUCAAGUGCAACUUCAAGUGAAACAGUAAGCUCUGUUACCAAGACAAGCGAUGCUACCUUCCAAUCUCUUAAAUCCAAUGACGUAUUGACAAAGUUUCGAAAUUUGUGGUGGACCGAUGGGAAUAUACACCCGAGUGCAAACUGGGAUGAAGCUUCUGAUGUUGAUUGGGAGAAAUAUACAGAGCGAAAUGAUAUGUAUAAUGUGCAUGGAUGGGAAUGGAUAAAUGGAAAUGUUUAUGUGUAUGAAUUGCCCUUAUUGCCUCAUGAGAUUUGUAUUGGUGCAAUCGAAGGUCGAGUUCGUUUGGCAGAUCCACAAGAAGAGCUCAUUAGUUUAAGAUCCGCACGUACAAAAGCCGGUAAUAAAGGAAAAGAAGCAGACGGAUCUUUUAUACCUCGUCGCAAACCUAAAGUAAAUUCAAAUGGACGUGAAGGCACUAAUUCUCUUAAACCGUGGCCCAAUCUUGUAAUAGAAGUCGCCUUCUUUGAAACUGAAGCACAUUUAUUAAACGCAGUAAAAGAUUAUUGGCUCUAUCCAGGUAGAGCUCAUGAUGCAAUUGCAGUAAAAUUAGUACGAUCUGAUACAAUUAUUUCAAAAUUGAAAAUAAAAGGACAGAGUGGGGAAUUAAUACCUGUUUCGCCUCAACAACAUGUUAUUAACCUUAAAAGAAAAUGUCUCUUUCAUGGAAUGCCACCAACUUUUCAAACACCUACAUCAAUACCCGAUCCUCUUACCGUAGAUUUUUAUGAGGUCAUAUGUGCUAUGUUAGAUGUAGAUGAACUUAGGAUUUUAUAA